UUACUCCUUUCCUUUCCUUUCUGUUCUAUUCAGACCAGCUAGUGCCAGUCACCAACAUGAAGCUCCGAACUCCUUCGCUCCUUUACCUCGUUUGCAUUACUUCAUUGCUAUUCAUCUUAUCUGAGUCGACUCAGCCUCCUUUCUCAUGUGAUGCAUCUGACCCCGCAACCAAAUCCUACCCUUUCUGCGAAACUACACUCCCCAUCACCCAACGAGUUCGAGAUUUGGUGUCCAGACUCACAUUAGGCGAAAAGAUAUCCCAACUCGUUAACUCAGCCCCCGCCAUUCCAAGACUUGGCAUCCCUGACUAUCAAUGGUGGUCCGAAGCCUUACAUGGUUUAGCUGUCAGCCGAGGCAUGCGUUUCAAUGGAACAAUCCAAUCAGCCACAAGUUUUCCACAAGUCAUUCUCACCGCUGCUUCCUUUGAUGUUCAUCUUUGGUACCGCAUCACAUGAAACCUUUUGCAGGCAGUUGGAAUCGAAGGUAGAGCAAUUUACAACGUUGGACAAGCCAUGGGGUUGACAUUUUGGGCACCAAACAUUAACAUAUUUAGGGACCCAAGGUGGGGAAGAGGGCAAGAGACACCUGGUGAGGAUCCUUUGGUUACUGGGAAAUAUGCAGUGUCAUAUGUGAGAGGGAUACAAGGGGACUCUUUUGAAGGUGGGAAACUUGGUGAAAAUCUUCAAGCUUCAGCUUGCUGUAAGCAUUUUACUGCUUAUGAUUUGGAUAAUUGGAAAGGAGUAACUCGAUAUGUCUUCAAUGCAAAUGUCAGUUUACAGGAUUUAGCAGAUACAUAUCAGCCACCAUUCCAUAGUUGUAUAGAAGAAGGGCAAGCUAGUGGGGUAAUGUGUGCUUACAAUCGUGUUAAUGGAGUCCCCAACUGUGCUGAUUACAAUCUAUUAUCGAAAACAGCCCGAGGCCAAUGGGGCUUCAAUGGAUAUAUCACUGCAGACUGUGAUGCUGUCGCCACCAUCUAUGAACAACAAGGAUAUGUUAAAGUACCAGAAGAUGCUGCUGCAGAUGUUCUUAAAGCUGGAAUGGAUGUUGAUUGUGGUUCAUAUUUGUUGAAAUACACCAAAUCAGCCGUUGAAAAACGAAAAUUGUCUUUGUCUGAAAUCGAUAGAGCCCUGUACAACCUUUUCUCUAUCAGAAUGAGACUGGGGCUUUUCAAUGGUAAUCCAGUUAAGCAGCCUUUCGGUAACAUUGGUUUGGAUCAAAUUUGUUCCCAAGAGCAUCAAAAUCUUGCCCUCGAGGCUGCUCGCAACGGCAUUGUCCUUCUGAAGAACGCCAAAAAACUCCUUCCGCUUUCGAAAACCGAAACAACUUCCCUUGCAGUAAUAGGCCCCAAUGCCGAUUCCGAACAAACACUUCUUGGAAAUUAUGCAGGCCCUCCUUGCAAAACUAUUACACCAUUGAAAGGGUUGCAAAGUUAUGUUAAAGAUACCAGGUUUCACCAAGGUUGUAGUGCAGUUAAUUGUUCUUCUGCAUUCACUGAUCAAGCAAUGAAUGUAGCGACCGGAGCAGACCGUGUUGUUUUAGUAAUGGGAUUGGAUCAAACCCAAGAAAGGGAAAAAUUCGAUCGAGUAGACUUGGUUCUUCCGCCGAAGCAACAGAACUUGAUAUCAGCCAUUGCAAGAGCUGAUAAGAAUCCAAUUAUUUUGGUGCUUCUUUCUGGAGGUCCAGUAGAUAUAUCGUUUGCCAAAAAUGAUCCCCACAUUGGAAGCAUUCUAUGGGCUGCUUAUCCAGGUGAAGCCGGUGGUCGUGCAUUAGCAGAAAUUAUAUUUGGUGAUCACAACCCUGGAGGGAGGUUACCAGUUACUUGGUAUCCGCAAAGUUACACUAAUAUACCGAUGACUGAUAUGAGAAUGCGUCCUGAACCAUCUUUCGGAUAUCCUGGACGCACAUACAGAUUCUACCAAGGACCGAAGGUUUUUGAAUUCGGUUAUGGCCUCAGCUACUCAAAUUAUACUUACGAAUUUCUCCCUGUAAAACGAAACAAGGUCUAUUUGCACAAUCAGGUAAGUUCUCACGUGGUUGGGAACUCAAAUCCUCCCGGAUAUAUACCUGUUUCAAAGAUAGGAACUGAAGUUUGUGAUAAGAUAAAGCACCAAGUCACAGUUAGAGUUGAAAACAACGGCGAGAUGGCCGGUAAGCAUUCCCUGUUGCUAUUUGUGAGGCCGGCAAACAUAAGUAAUAUGAGGCCAGUGAAGCAAUUGGUUGCAUUUCAGAGUGUUAAUUUGAAAGCAGGGGAAAGAGCUGAGAUUGAACUUGAGUUGAGGCCAUGUGAGCAUCUUAGCUUAGCCAAUGAAGAUGGUACAAUGGUGAUAGAAGAAGGGUCUUAUUUCUUGAGCAUUGGAGACAAAGAAAUAGAGAUUCAAGCUGUUAAAUGAUGCAAGACUACCUCAUGAAAAAAUCCAAGAAACUUUAUAGCUAGUGUGAUUUUUUUCUUCUUUUGAUUAAAAGCUAAUGUAACUGAUUGAUCUAUGUAUGAUUCAACUUUCCAGUGAACGAUUGUUUUCAAUAACAUA